ACUUUUAACUUUUAAGUUUUAACCUGCCGUUGAGUCCCAAACAGUAGGUUUUUUUGGUUUGCCCGACUAUGGUUAAAUCAAGUUAACCAUGGUUAAGAACGGAGUUUAUAUCUAGACCGUCGCUGGAUCAGUUCUCCGGCGCAGAGAGAGAAGAGAGAGAGAGAGAGAGAGAGCACAUUAUUAGUCAUCGCAGAUGAUGAUGAUGGGAGAAAGCUCUCGGUUUAAUCCGAUGGUCCAAGCCCCACCGUGGGACAUGACCGAUGAUCCAACGGCCAAUAUGGCCUCACCCUUCUCGGCCAAUCGCGUAUCCGUCAACUUUAACGGCAAUGCUACCAGUCCCAAGGGAGACCUCGAUGCCCUCGCGGCGCUCCACCGUUAUCUGCCGUCAAAUACAACCGCCUUCGACGGCUUCAUUGUCUCCGAUUUCGACGACUUCGACAUUCCGGUGGACGCCUUCUCGACCGAUCAAUUUCGGAUGUUCGAGUUCAAGGUGAGGAAGUGCACGCGUGCCAGGUCACAUGACUGGACGGAAUGUCCGUACGCCCAUCCCGGCGAGAAGGCCCGCCGGCGAGACCCGCGGAAGUUGCACUACUCCGGCACCGCAUGCCCGGAGUUUCGGAAGGGCCAGUGCAAGAAGGGCGACUCGUGCGAGUUCGCUCACGGGGUAUUCGAGUGCUGGCUCCACCCCGCUCGCUAUCGUACGCAGCCGUGCAAGGAUGGCGUCAACUGCCGCCGGCGUGUCUGCUUUUUUGCCCACACUCCCGACCAGCUCCGGGUAAUGAACGAGUCCUACGACGGGUCUCCGAGUCGACUCGGCUUUGACUCGUAUUUACUGAACGGGUCGUCGUCGCCGUCCGAGUCGCCACCCGCUUCCCCAAGUGGGUCACUGAGUUUGAGCUCCGUUAGCGAACUCGCUGGUUCAAUGCGGAAUCUGCAGAUUGGGAAGGCGAGAAUGAGCGUCAGUCCUCCCGGGUGGGGUUUCCAAAUGGGUUCGCCUAGAAGUCCGUCGGGUCUGCGCCCUGGGUUUAAGAGUCUACCUUCCACUCCGACUCGGAUGGUGACUCGGAAUGGAUUCGGCGCGUUCGACCUCUGGGAUCCGCCCCGCGAAGAAGAGCCGGCGAUGGAACGUGUGGAGUCCGGAAGGGACCUCCGCGCGAAGAUAUACGCGAAACUGAGCAAGGAAAACUCGCUAGGCCGAGUCGAUUCGGUAACUCCGGGUCCGGAUAUCGGGUGGGUCGCUGAACUGGUGAAGUGACGAUUCGAAUCUUUUCGUUUAAACGGGUCGAGCCCUUCUUAAAUCUGGUUACUGACUUGUGAAUAUUGAUUAAAAAGACUUAAAAUGCUAUGAUAUGAUUAAUUGCACAUUAAUCAAUGUAAAUACCAGCUGCUAAGGAAAUGAUUUUUAAGGCUUUUAAAUCUCUACCUGUUUUAACUUUUGGGUCGUUUCGUCACAAAUGCCAAACUGCUAAGAAAGUGAGUUUGGAUAUAUAGCAUAGGGCUGCUGCUUUCGCUGGUAUUAUUAUGUAUGUAUGUAUGUAUGUAUGUAUGUAUGUUCUUGUCUUAAUUUUCUGGAGAGAGUGUGAUCUGUUGUCCUGUGAUUAAUGUAAUUAUUAUAUUUCCCUUCU